AUGGCUCUUGCUCUCCUCUUGGCAGCGAUCCUGGGACUUCUUGUUGUCAAGGCUGUUUUUUUUCAGCUGAGAAACCCGAGCUCCCCUCCUUGCAUCAAGAGCUGGAUCCCUUGGUUUGGAGCUGCGUUUCAGUUUGGGAAAGCUCCUCUGGAGUUUAUAGAGCAAGCUAGAAGCAAGCAUGGGCCUGUAUUCACAAUAUUCGCCCUGGGAAAACGAUUUACUUUUGUGACUGAGGAAGAAGGAGCUGAAGUAUUUUUUAAUUCUAAAGACUUAAAUUUUGAACAGGCAGUACAACCAGCUGUUGAGAAUGCAGUUUCUGUCCCUGCAGAAUCAUUUUAUCAGAACCAUAAUAACCUCUACAGCAUGAUGAAGGGAAAAAUGGGUCCUUCUAAUCUGCACAUGUUCACAGGCCCUUUGUGUAAGGAACUGCAUGAGCACCUGGCACACCUGGGUGCAGAGGGCACAGGUGACCUGAAUGACCUGGUAAGGCGUGUCCUGUACCCAGCAGUGGUGAACACUUUGUUUGGGAAAGGCAUCUGCCCGACAAGUCAGAGUGAAAUCAAGGAGUUUGAAGAACAUUUUCAGAAGUACGAUGAGGACUUCGAAUACGCUUCUCAGAUGCCCGAGUGUUUCCUGAGGAACUGGUCGAAAUCCAAAAAAUGGCUUCUAAAAUUAUUUGAGAAAGUAGUGUCAGAUGCUGAAAGAACCAAUCCUUCAGAGACCACAUCCAAGACACUACUGCAGCAUCUCCUGGAUAACUUGCAAGGAAAACAUCUGGCCCCCAAUUACGGUCUCCUAAUGCUCUGGGCUUCCCAAGCCAAUGCUGUCCCCAUUGCGUUCUGGACUCUUGUUUUCAUACUCUCUUAUCCUUCCAUUUACAAGAAAAUCAUGGAAGACCUGGCUUCUGUUUUUGGCAAAGCAGGUAAAGAUAAAAUAGAAGUCUCUGAAGAGGACCUUAAGAAGCUCCCUUUCAUUAAGUGGUGCACUUUGGAAGCCAUACGGCUGAGGUCUCCAGGUGCAAUCACCAAAAAAGUAGUAAACCCAAUCAGAAUUCUGAAUUUCACUGUCCCUGCAGGUGACAUGCUGAUGUUGUCGCCAUAUUGGUUGCACAGGAAUCCAAAAUAUUUUCCUGACCCGGAAAUGUUCAAACCGGAUCGUUGGAAAGAGGCAAAUUUAGAGAAGAAUGCUUUCUUGGACAGCUUUGUGGCAUUCGGAGGAGGGAAGCAUCAGUGUCCAGGAAGGUGGUUUGCUAUCAUGGAAAUCCAGUUGUUCGUUGUGCUAUUCCUAUACAAAUAUGAUUUUGUGCUUUUGGAUGCAGUACCAAAGGAGAGCCCUUUACAUUUGGUGGGGACGCAGCAACCCAUGGCACCAUUCCGGGUCCACUAUAAAUGCCGGGAAUGA